AUGUCAGUGAUGGUCUCCUGUGAUCCGGGGGCUUCCAGCCUGGGCAGCCCCCCGUUAUCCACGGGCUGUUUCAGCCAGGUCUACACGCCGGCGGCUGUCAGCGCCCCCGCUCCGCGGGGCGAGUGCCUCUGUGACACCCCCCAAGGCCCGGAGCUCAGGACCCUCUGCACAGCCUCGGCGGGACGGCUGCCGGCCAAGAGGAAGCUGGACCUGGAGGGCCCCGAAUUUCGCACGCCCAAGGGGAAGGGCUGGACACUGGCACAGGUCCCCAGCCCCAGGAGAGAGGAUGGGGGGGUCUCUUGUUUCCCCACAGCCCCCAAGUCUCCCGGGGAGAAGACUCGCUACGACACCUCACUGGGGCUGCUCACCAAGAAAUUCAUCCGUUUGCUGAACGAGUCUCCCGACGGCGUUGUGGAUCUGAACCGGGCUGCCGAGCUGCUGGAGGUCCAGAAACGUCGCAUCUACGACAUCACCAACGUACUGGAGGGCAUCCAGCUCAUCCGCAAGAAAUCCAAGAACCACAUCCAGUGGAUGGGGACAGGGAUCUUCGAGGAUGCAGCGAUGGCGGCAAAGCGACAAGUGCUGCGUGGGGAGCUGGCUGAACUGGCUAGGACAGAGAGGAUGCUGGACCAGCUCACGCAGGACUGUGCCCUGCAGAUCCAGCAGCUGGCUGACAAUGAGACCAACCAGAGGCUGGCAUAUGUCACCUACCGGGACCUCCGAGCCAUCAGCAGCUUCCAGGAGCAGACGGUGAUUGCUGUGAAGGCUCCCCCUGAGACACAGCUGGAGGUGCCAGACUUCAGCCAGGAGAACUUCCAGCUCUACCUGAAGAGCACCAACGGCCCCAUCGAGGUGUACCUCUGCCCAGAGGAGAUCAUGGAGGAAACCCCAACCAAGAACCACCCUGUUCCCUCUGCUGCCACCUCCCCACAGGACCACCCCGUACCCCUUGGCUUGACGAACAGCUCCCCAUCAGCCACACAGCCACCCCACCCCAUCUCCCAGAGCUGGGGGGGCACAGGAACUCCUCUCUCACCCCUAUCUCUGCCUCUCCCCAUCCAGGGGGGACCCAGCUCACUGCUGGAGAUGGAGCCUGGGCUCCUGGGCUCCCCUGCCCACCUUCUGCAGGAGACGGAGGACCAGCUGCCCUUCACCCCCUCCUGCCUGGACUUGGGAACCUUCGUUGCCUUCUCGCCCCCCCUGGAACAGGAUGAUUAUCUCUGGGGGCUUGAGGGUGAGGGUGUCACAGACCUCUUUGAGACAUAUGACCUGGGAGACCUGCUGAAGCACUGA